AUGCCCGAACUCUAUGAACUGUCCGUGGCGGAAGCCGCCGCGCAAAUUCGCGAAGGAACCCUUUCGCCCGUGGCGCUGGCGGAGUCGCUGUUGGCGCGCAUUGACGCGCUGGACAGUAACCUCCAGGCUUGGGUGACCGUCGACCGGGAAGCGGUGCUCUUGGCGGCCCGGCAGCGGGAGGCCGAUGUCCAGCGCGGCGAGCCCCUGGGCCCGAUCCAUGGGGUACCCGUGGGAUUGAAGGACAUCUUCUAUACCGCCGGGAUGCUCACCGCGUGCGGCUCGAAGGUGUACGCCGACUUCGUUCCCGACUUCGACGCCACGUCGGUCGCAAAAAUCAAGGCGGCCGGCGGCAUCAUCCUCGGCAAGGCGGUGACCACCGAAUUCGCGACCUCGGAUCCCUCUCCGACGCGCAAUCCCUGGAACCUGGAGCACACGCCCGGCGGCUCCAGCAGCGGGUCGUCGGCAGCGGUGGCGGCACGGAUGGUUCCGGCGGCCCUGGGCUCGCAGACCGGCGGCUCCACGUGCCGUCCGGCGGCCUACAACGGCAUCGUCGGCCUGAAACCCACCUACGGGCGCAUCAGCCGCUACGGCGUGGCUCCGGUGAGCUGGUCGCUGGACCAUGUGGGCAUCCUGACCCGCACGGUGGCCGACGCCGCGCUGAUGCUGACCGUGCUCAGCGGCGAGGACGACAAUGACCCGGGCAGUUUGCGCCAGGCAGUGCCCGACUUCAGCGGGCAGAUGGCCGAGUAUGACCGGCCCCCACGCAUCGGGCUGGUGCGGCAGUAUUACCAGGAAUACUCUACACCGGAGAUCUGGGCGCAUACGGAGUCGGUGGCGAAUCAGCUGGCGUCAGCCGGGGCCGACAUUGUGGAACUGCCGUUGCCCGACAGCUUUGCCGUGGUUCACAGCUUCCAGCGCAUCGUGAUGAACGUGGAGUGCGCGGCAUUCCACGAGGCCAAUCACCGCGUCCGCGCCGCCGACUACGGUCCGCGAAUACGCGCCGGCAUGGAGAUGGGCAUGAUCAUGCCUACGACUGCGUACCAUAAAGCCCAGCGUCUGCGCCGGCAGUUCCGCGCCGACAUGAGCGAAUUGGUCGCCAAAGCGGACGUCGUGAUGACGCCGGCGAUACCGGCGCCGGCGCCGCGGGACCUGAACACCACCGGCGACGCGGCGUUCCAGGUUCCCUGGACAGCCGCCGGCCUGCCGACGGUGGUGGUCUCCACGGGCCUGAGCGAGCUGGGCAUGCCCAUGGCGGUGCAGUUCGGCGGGCCGUGGGCGCAGGAGGGCAGGGUCUUGGGCGCGGCCCAGUGGUGCGAACGGAUCGCCGGGUUGAACGAAAUGCCGACAACCGUGCGGACCUGA